AUGCUGCUGCUGCAGGCAGCACCUGUUCCUGUGUGCUGGCUGCCUGUUCCUGUGCGCUGGCUGCCUGUUCCUGUGCGCUGGCUGCCUGUUCCUGUGCGCUGGCUGCCUGUUCCUGUGCGCUGGCUGCCUGUUCCUGUGCGCUGGCUGCCUGUUCCUGUGCGCUGGCUGCCUGUUCCUGUGUGCUGGCUGCCUGUUCCUGUGCGCUGGCUGCCUGUUCCUGUGCGCUGGCUGCCUGUUCCUGUGCGCUGGCUGCCUGUUCCUGUGCGCUGGCUGCCUGUUCCUGUGCGCUGGCUGCCUGUUCCUGUGCGCUGGCUGCCUGUUCCUGUGCGCUGGCUGCCUACCAGGCCUCCCAACCCAAACCCUUCACUACUGAAGGCCAGGCCUCCCAACCCUAACCCUUCCCCACUGAAAACCAGGCCUCCCAACCCUAACCCUUCCCUACCGAAGACCAGGCCUCUCAACCCGAACCCCUCCCCACUGAAGACCAGGCCUCCCAACCUUAACCCUUCCCUAUUGAAAACCAGGCCUCCCAUCCCUAACACUUCCCUACUGAACACCAAGCCUCCCAACGCUUCCCUACUGAAGACUAGGCCUCCCAACCCUAACUCUUCCCCACUGAAGACCAGGCCUCCCAACACUAACCAUUCACCACUGAAGACCAGGCCUCCCAAAACUAACCCUUCCCCACUGAAGACCAGGCCUCCCAACCCUAACCCUUCCCUACUGGAGACCAAGCCUCCCAACCCUAACCCUUCCCUACUGAAGACCAGGCCUCUCAACCCGAACCCCUCCCCACUGAAGGCCAGGCCUCCCAACCUUAACCCUUCCCUAUUGAAGCCCAGGCCUCCCAACCUUAACCUUUCACUACUGAAGACCAGGCCUCCUAACCCUUCCCUACUGAAGACCAAGCCUCCGAACCCUAACCCUUCCCUACUGAAGACCAGGCCUCCCAACCUUAACUCUUCCCUACUGAAGACCAGGCCUCCCAACCCCAACCCUUCCCCACUGAAGACCAGGUCUCCCAACCCUAACCCUUCCCUACUGAAAACCAGGCCUCCCAUCCCUAACACUUCCCUACUGAACACCAAGCCUCCCAACCCUUCCCUACUGAAGACUAGGCCUCCCAACCCUAACUCUUCCCCACUGAAGACCAGGCCUCCCAACACUAACCAUUCACCACUGAAGACCAGGCCUCCCAAAACUAACCCUUCCCCACUGAAGACCAGGCCUCCCAACCUUAACCCUUCCCUACUGGAGACCAAGCCUCCCAACCCUAACCCUUCCCUACUGAAGACCAGGCCUCUCAACCCGAACCCCUCCCCACUGAAGACCAGGCCUCCCAACCUUAACCCUUCCCUAUUGAAGCCCAGGCCUCCCAACCUUAACCUUUCACUACUGAAGACCAGGCCUCCCAUCCCUAACACUUCCCUACUGAACACCAAGCCUCCCAACCCUUCCCUACUGAAGACUAGGCCUCCCAACCCUAACUCUUCCCCACUGAAGACCAGGCCUCCCAACACUAACCAUUCACCACUGAAGACCAGGCCUCCCAAAACUAACCCUUCCCCACUGAAGACCAGGCCUCCCAACCCUAACCCCUCCCUACUGAAGAGCAGGCCUCCCAACCCUAACCCUUCCCUGCUGAAGACCAGGCCUCCUAACCCUUCCCUACUGAAGACCAAGCCUCCGAACCCUAACCCUUCCCUACUGAAGACCAGGCCUCCCAACCUUAACUCUUCCCUACUGAAGACCAGGCCUCCCAACCCCAACCCUUCCCCACUGAAGACCAGGUCUCCCAACCCUAACCCUUCCCUACUGAAAACCAGGCCUCCCAUCCCUAACACUUCACUACUGAACACCAAGCCUCCCAACCCUUCCCUACUGAAGACUAGGCCUCCCAACCCUAACUCUUCCCCACUGAAGACCAGGCCUCCCAACACUAACCAUUCACCACUGAAGACCAGGCCUCCCAAAACUAACCCUUCCCCACUGAAGACCAGGCCUCCCAACCUUAACCCUUCCCUACUGGAGACCAAGCCUCCCAACCCUAACCCUUCCCUACUGAAGACCAGGCCUCUCAACCCGAACCCCUCCCCACUGAAGACCAGGCCUCCCAACCUUAACCCUUCCCUAUUGAAGCCCAGGCCUCCCAACCUUAACCUUUCACUACUGAAGACCAGGCCUCCCAUCCCUAACUCUUUCUACUGA